GGACACGGGUUCUGUGAUCAUCACUGAUGAUUAGUCGUGUGCCAACGCUCACGCACGAGAGAGCCGGGUCUGGUGCGCCCGCCGGGAAGGGCCGCCCGGCUGGGGCCGCACCUUGCGCAGGACUCGGCCCGCGGGAGCCCCGUUCGGCUCCCGGGGGCGGAUCCUGGCGGCGGCUGCCUCCGCCCCCCGAGUCCCCGCCGCCGCCUGGCGGAGCUCCAGGCAGCUGCUCAGGCGCGGCAGCAUCUCGCCCGGCUGGAAAGGUGGUAGCGAGCCAGUGCACGCGUCGCCGCUCCGGGUCACACGCAGGCGGCCAGCGCCGGGGCGCGAGGGAACGUGGCCCGGACACUGCCGAUGCUGCUAUGAAGACAGAUUCACCAGCUAUGACUGAUGUGGAAUCUGCGGACACCGAGUUUGCAUCUUCAGCAAGGUCAGGCCGCCGAAAUGCUGUCACAGACAUCCAGGAUGUAGCUGUGACAGGCGAAACUUCAGAAUUGCCUGUCAAACUACAAGAUCUCACCCUGAAGGAAGAUGAAAAAAAUAAAAAUGAAGAAACAACAAAAGAACAACUGGAAAAUCCACCAAAGAAAGAAAACUGAAGGCUCAGAACCUAUGAAAAAGUAUUGAAUUUCUGUGUGUUGAAAUGUUUAGAGGCUCUGCUUUCCUGAGAUGUCUGAUUUGGUAGUAACUAUGGUAACAUUAAAUAUGUGUGUAUUUUAUAAUUUUUGUUGUGAUACCACUUACUUGGGUUGCAACCCUGAUAUCUUACGUAAGUUAUUCAAAAGAAAAUUUCUUCUAAAUCGCAUCAAAGCAAAUGGUUAAAAAAAGUGUGGUAACUUAAAUACACAUCAUUGUUUAUAAACCCAAUACAAUCUACUAUGUCUUUUGAAUUUAUUUAGCCAGAUGUAUAUUUUAAUUCCAUUUUUAUGACAAUGGUGAAUUGUUUCUUAGUAAAUAUAAAGCAAGCAUCAUUAACUUAAAAACUAUGGUGAGAAACCAAAUUAAUCAAGAUUAUAACUUAUAAAACUAUAAACUAUAUAACUAUAAAAAUGUAAUGUGAAAAAUACAUCAAUAUAUUGUGUUUGUUUUGUUUUAAAUCAAGUGUACUAAUUUUUUUCAAACCAGUAAAAGAUGUGAAAAAAUUAUAAAAAUUUUAUAGUCUAAACAUUGUAAAGAUGAUUUUGCCUGAUAAAGUUUGCUUCUAGUCUAUGCAUACUGUGAUUUUUCAUGUGAACUCUUUAAAAUGGAAAAUUUGUGACAAAUUGUUUAUAUGCUUAUUAAAUGAAAUUCACUAUCUUCCUUAACUUUUAUGUAUUGUGUGUGCAUAUUUUACUUAAAUGUGAGUUAUGCAAAAUACUAAUUGCUUUACAUUGUUAUCUGAUAUUUAAGAUUCUUUGUGUAUCUAUGACUUGUUUCUGAAGUUAAUUUCCUCAGGAAUGCAGACUUUAAUUUUAUAACUUUCUAAAAGUAGCUAACAACUUAAGGCACUUAAAUAUUUAGUGAGUGGUAUGGUAAAUUAGCAAAAUACUUGCUCUUAAUAUAUUUAAGUAUAUAUUUUUAAAAGAAAAAACCAAAGCUUUAGUAAACUUUAAUUUAUUAGAUUAUAGAAAAAUAAUACAAUUCUGAGUUUUUAAGAAACAUUGACUAAUGAGUUUAUUUUCAUAUACAUAUAUGCAUGCAGUUCUAUUUUAUUUUUUUGUGACUUAGACCAUAUCUGUUCACAGCAGUCAAAUAAACUCUUUCACUAUUAAAGAAGCUUGUUAUUGACACAUAUCUUUUAGUUUCUUAUGUAUGCCAGGUGAAAAAUGG